AUGUAUUUCAUUCCUUUAUGUCUUUUUGCUAUUAUUUGUGGCCAUUCAUUGGUCAUUUCAGCUCCAAUUAACCAAAAUUCUCAAGAAACAAAACAUCAAGCAGCAACAGCUAUUGCAAGUCAUCUUUUAAAAGAAUUAGCUAAUGAACAACUUGCAAGUCAAUAUUCAAAUGGAGAUCUACAACAAAUUGAAUCAGAUGAUAAUGAAGACGUUAUUGGAUAUAUACCAACCAUUGAUGAUUUAUAUCUAAUUGAUGAUAAUAUAAACGAUGAAGAACUUUUAUCAGAAAUGAAUGAUACUGAUGAUGAUCUUCCAAUAGAUGAGCAAGAAUUAAUGAAUUAUUUAGAAAAACAACAUCAAUUUGAUGAAGAUUUAUCACCAAUGAUAAACACACCAAUAAUCGAUGAUAGUAUAAUGAAAGCAGAAGAUCAUUAA